AUGUCCGCAAUUCGACUGGCGGCAUGCGAGGCUUGUCGCAAAGCCAAGUUAGCUUGCGACCAUCAACAGCCCGUAUGUGCACGCUGUCAACGUACUCAAGGCGUUUGUAUAUACCGCACGGCCCCGUUCAAGCGGCGGAGGGUGGAAAAACCGAGGUAUGUACAGGCGGUGGAUCUCCUCAACUCCAUCGCCCUUCCGCAGUGCAUGGCAGUACUUCAUAUCUUAAUCACUGGAACCUUGUCCUUCCCGCAAGAUCACGUACCAUGUGUGAGAUCGCCCGACCCGUCACCUUCUUUCGAGCCUCGACGCAAUCCAUAUCCAAAUCCAGGGUAUCUAGGCUCGUCGAGUCAUGCGGCAAUUUUCAAACAUAUCACUCCGUCGACGGACGGCGACCAAGUGACCGGUGGAAGCAGUGGUGGUGGCGGUCAUCUACCCAACGCCGACAAUGUGGGCUCGCAGGGCAUUGAUGAUAACCACCUCCUGUGGCAGGGCGCUGAAGUGCUGCGACACUUGUUGACGAGCUAUUCUCUUUCCGCGAUGAAAGACCUCGUUCUGUUCUGGUUGGCAAAGGGUGCAAAUCUAGCUCUGGCAGAACCCUUUGUGGCCCAAUGCGCCGAAAGCGUCACUCAACUGUUCACUUCCCGUGACGAGGAUUGGCACUUGGUGUUUGCGCAACGCCUGUUGCAGAACUCGGCUCAGCCAUUGCGAUUUGAUGCAUCCUCGGAUCUGGAAAGCUUUGCCGCGCAGUUUCUGAAUCAUCAAGCGCGCUGGGAGACACUGGGAAUCUUUUUCGCCGCGGUGAGCCGAGCGACGAUCGAUAUUCCCUUCUUCCCUCUCCUCUACAACUGCGAGCAGCAGCAAUUCACCCUCCGACGAUUGGCCACGAAGCUCUGCGACUUUUCGCUGGAAAUAUCGCUUUCGCUGGAUUGUCUCAAUGACCUCCAGCUAACCGUGCAGUAUGAGAACUUUAUUGUUCAUUCGUACGUAGAUGGCGACCAAAGCUACCGCACCUGGCGGAAGCUCGGGGAUGUUAUCUCAUCCACUUUUGCCCUUGGCUAUCAUGAAAAUGUUGAAGCCAAGCCCCAAAUCCCACCUUUCCUGAUGGAGUUGCGCAAGACAGCCUUUGCGCGAAUUUACUCUGCCGACAAGAAUAUUGCAAUCUUCCUAGGUCGUCCCCCUCGCAUGACCAAACGAUUCUGUUACUUCCAGAUUCCCUCUGAUGGUGUCAUUUUACGCUCAUCGGGAGGCUCCUUCACAUGGAACCCGGCUGCGGAGACUGGAUACAGAGCUGAUACGUGUUGGUCUGCUCUCUGUGCCUCUCUCAAAGAAGAGAUCUGGGAGCUGUUACAAGAUAAACAAGAUGCUGAUUGCGUGAGGCGAGCAAGCAUUAUUCAACGAAAAGCCGAACAGCAUUGGCAAGCUUUACCGCCCCAAUUUCGCCUUGAAGGCUGUUUGAAGCAAUGUGCGCAGAGCUCGUUUAGUCGGGAUUUCCUGGCUCAUGUUCGCCUGAACCACCUCCACGUUCUGUUUCUCUUGAGAUUGCUGCUCCUGAGCACUCCGAGUGAACCCGACAAUCUGAUAGUGCAGACAGCGGGCCAGAUGCUUGCUCUGGUGGUUGAGUUGAUUCUACUACGGGACCAGCUGACAAACUCAGGGACAGGUCUCAUUUGGAAGGUUGCCUACUACGGACUGCCGGCCGCGGGGAUCAUACUGCUCGCGCUGCUGAAACAGCACUCUCAUUCUAUACCGGGCAUUUCUCAGACAAAGUCCCUCCGCGACUUGAGUGUGUUUGUGGCAGAGGUCCAAGUUGGAACACUGGUUAAGAUUGGCGAUCCUAACUAUGCGCUGCUAUCCAAAGCCACCCAUACCAUUCAGAAAUUCUUGGACUCAUUCAACUCGGACGCCAGCCAUCCCCAGUAUAGCGGAAAUGACGACCCGAAUGAAGACUGGGCGGCGCUGUUGAGCCAGGAUUUGUGGGAUUUCGAAGCUGGCUUUUGGCAAAACCUAGCAGAUCACCCAUCACUCUUGGUGUUGGAUCCACCGCUAUCGAAUACUCAAUAG